AUGGCCGAGUUCACGUGCUUGGUCGGAGCUGGUGCCUUCAUCGCUGGGUGGCUGGGGCACCGGUGGCUGGGUGGCUGGCAGAAAGAGACGAGGAAGGCCAUGGCCGGUCCCGUCAUCCUUCCGGCCUCGACGUUCGCUGAGCCCGAGCCUUUGCACCAGAGCCUUUGCAAGCACGUUCACGGGACGUCCACUGGACCCUACUGCCAUUUUUCCUGCGGCUUGAAGGAAGAUCACUCAUAUCCUCACACCAACAUUCCGACAGAAGUCCUGCGCGACUUGUUCCAACGGUUGAGGCCCAUGUUUUUGGUGGAGGUGGGCUCAUUCAAGGGUGGCAGCAGCAUCCGAAUGGUUUCGGCCUUGCGGGCCGCCGACCCUGAAAGCCAGCCCUCCAAACCCUGCCUGGUUUGUAUCGAUACCUUCCUGGGAGAUGCUGCUAUGUGGUUGAACAAGCAAGCGACCGGCAGGUCCAGCUUGUUGCUUAAAGAUGGAUGCCCACAACUUUAUCAGCAGUUUAUGGUGAACACUCGGAAAUAUGCGGAUGUGAUUGUGCCAUUUCCUAUCGCUUCCCUUUGUGGCUUGCGCGCUCUUCAGCAGUUGGCAGCCGAGGGAACAACACCCUUGGUGGACUUCUUGUAUUUGGACUCCGCGCACUUGAAAGGGGAGACGAAACUGGAAAUCACAGAGGCUUUUCGGCUGGUGCGACCUGGAGGAGUAUUGUUGGGCGAUGAUCUAGACUGGCCUGCUGUGGAAGCAGAUCUUUCUUCCUUCCUUACAGAGCAUGGGGUUGGCGCGAGUCAGUCAGCAGAUGACGACCUCUUCCAUGGUUUGUGUGGCACCUUCUUCUUUGCAGCAGGUGGAUUUUGGGUGGUGGAUGCGCAGCCGCGGCAGUGGCUGCUUCGCAAGCCGCCGUGGGCACCUGGUAGAGACGCGCUCAAAGCGGAAGUCAGGGCUGCUGAGAUGGGUGAUACGCCCACGGAAUUUGUCCCAGCGACCAUGGAAGACCAGGAGGCCCUGGCAUUGUAUCAACAGGGCAUUGCCAAGCUGGAGACUGGAGAUACAGCAGAAGGAAGUCGCUUGUUGAAGAUCGAGGUGCGAAUUUGCUAUGGCGAAGAGUCCGCGGCGGAGCUGUUGGCGGUGCAUGGGAUGGUCCUCCCAAAGAAUGAGGCAGACUACUUGGAGGUGUUUGAAUCAGUGGAGGACCUUGUGGCAGCCGUGGAAAGCAUUUGUGGGGCACCUCGCCGAGAUCGACUGGCUCGCUUGGAGGUGAUUCCAGUGGACGACCUUUUGGUGCGUCCAGGCCGCUUGGAGGCAUCGGAGCCGCUGCUACGGGCGCUGCAGGCCAUGCUUUGUGAAGAUGAUGAGCUUUGUGAUCCAGGCGAACGACGCUUGCGAUUGGUAUGCUCAGAGGAGCGGCAGCAGAGCCUGCGCCUUGAGGCCUUGCUUCUCCUCGCGCAGAUCUUGCGCGGAGCUUUGCGGGUGAUCCAGGACAUGCCAGAUGCUGGUAGCCCAGACUUGGCUGUGAGGUAUCGAAGGCACGUGGCCGAGAUGUUGAACCAGUUCGUCGGGGAAGCCAACGACGCCUCCAGCGCGGGCGUAUUGAAAAGGCUUUUCCGCAGAAAGCGUCGCUGCUGCGUGGGCGAGACUGUCAUCACCUGA